AUGAAUAUAAUAAUCUGGAACAGCAAGGGCGCUCUGAAGCCCAAUUUUCAGAGUCACAUUCAGGACCUUACCCGGAUUCAUGAUCCGGCCAUUUUUGUAGUAAUGGAGACCAAGCUUGGAGGUAGAAGAGCUAAGGAGGUUUCAGAUUUACUCCCUUUUGAUGGUGCUAUCCACACCGACACAAUUGGGUACGCCGGUGGGCUUUGGCUUCUUUGGAACUCAGAUAAAGUUGAGAUUGAGGCACUAGCAAAAACUGAGCAGGAGAUCCAUGUGGAGGUUAAGGUACGUUCCUCUGACCUUGCUUGGAUAUUUUCUGCCAUUUAUGCUAGUCCUAGAAGUGAAGAACGUUGUGUGUUGUGGGAAAACCUUUCUAAAGCGGUUGAGCUGCAUAAUAAACCAUGGAUAAUGGCUGGGGACUUCAAUGAACCAUUAGUUGGUGAAGAUAAGUUUGGUGGUAGGGGUGUCAGUAUUGGCCGGUCCCUUUUGUUCAAAGAUUGUCUAGACAAGUGUAGUAUGGUAGACAUGGGUUUCUCUGGGCCAAGGUAUACAUGGUCUAAUAAAAGAGACUUGAAUAAUCUCAUUCUUGAAAGAAUCGAUAGAUUCUUUGGGAAUCCGAAUUGGUGCUUGCUCUACCCAAAUGCUAAGGUCACCCAUCUCACUCGGUGUCACUCGGAUCAUUGCCCGGUCCUUUUAGAGUCCAAUCCCAACAGAUCGUUAUACCUUAAUAGACCAUUUCGGUUCCAAAGUUUUUGA